AUGUCUUUUGUUUCAAUUUUAUAUGAUGAGGGUGAAGCCGCUGCUUUUGAAGAAAAGCCUAAAGCUGAAAAAAUUAUGAGAAAACCAAAAAUAGCUAACAAUUCUCCUUUGCCUUUUAAAUCUAUCCUUUUUGAUGACUCAGAAGCUUUCAAUGAGUCUCUGGAAUCUCCUGAUUUAUCUGAAAAUGAGAAUAUUGGAGAGAACAAUAAAGAAAUAAGUUCAAAAGAAAUUAGAAAAGAUAAAAAGGAACUUAUAAGUUUUAGACAAAAAUCUGAAGAAAUUGAAUUAAAAAAACCUAAAAUCAAAAGAAAAACAUCUAAAAAAAUAAUUUCAAAACCAAUUCCUAAGUCAAGAAACUUUGUCAAAGAAAAUAUAGCCAAAGCAGCAACAUUUAAAAAGAAAUCCCUAAUAGAUGAAUUUAUAUCAGAACCAACCCCACAGCUUAGAUCAAAAACACCUGAACUAAAAGAGAUUAAAACUCCAAUUCCAGAAAUUAAAGAAGAAAUCAAAAUAAAGCCUCAGCCAGUCUCAUACAAUAUUGAAGAGCCUAGGCCAACGCUAGUGAAAAACUUAAAAGUUACUAACACAGAUUUGCUGGCACUUGUAUUUCAGCAGUUUGCUGAUCUGGUUGUAAUGCAAUGAGAAGAAGCUGCUGAUGCACUAAUUGACGAUCUUUUGGUAGAGGAAAUUGAGCACCUGAAUGGCCUAGAAAGUGCUCCUAAGCAAGAGUACGUGGUUGGGGAAGAAAGUGAACUGAUCAUGGCAUUAGAGAGCAUGCUUGAAGAUGAAAUAGCGUUGAGAAAUAAAUAUCUUUAG